AUGGGCAUGGGAAUGAACAACUCUCUCAGCUCAAAAAUCCCUCGAUUUCUACCAACACGUUCUUGCUUCUUCCCCAUUCGCCACCCUGGCUCCUUCGACGGCGCCUGGUUGUUUGGUUACGGAAUCGGAAUCCAUUUGCUUCAGUCCGAAGACCCAGAAAGCAUGCCCAAGAUCAGCGAAAUAAACCCGAAAGACAACCACAUCUCCUUCCAAUGCGAGAGCAUGGCAAUGAUGGAGAAGAAACUGAAUGGAGGAGAGGAGGGUGCUGUGGACGGCGACUCACUUUAUUAA